CGCAUGCGCAGGAUCUUGUUUACGUUUUCUCACAAUUUUUCUGUAAAGUUUCUUUCCCAUGAAGCAUGAAGAGAACCAAUUUACUACUAUAAACUGGUGGAUUACUUGCCGAAGACAACACGGGACUGAAAUUCCGGAUGAAAACCUGUUAAAAGAUACAGCGAAAACAGUAUUUCCUGGUGAAUAUUUUCAUGACAAAUUAAGCUAGCUGUUAAGCUAGGAAAACUGUUUUUCUGUUGCACAGCAGGUUACGUUUUAUUGUUAUUGAAAUGCGCUACACCUCGUAUAGUGAUGCUCUGUGCGAAGCUAUACCCAACAUAACACGUUGACAAACUAAUGUAUGCUGGCAAAAAUGUCUUUGAGCGCUACUUUUUAUUAAUAGUUAGUUAUAGCAACGAGUUUUUAGUCCAACAGACGUGAAAUUAAUUAGCCUACUUUUGUGCAAGUUUAGCUAAUGAAGGCUCCACUUUGAGGCUCCAUUGUUACCGUAAGUCUGUGAUAAAGUCGCCCUCUGGUGAUAAAUUACUACAGAAACUCAGCUUCCACACAUUCCCUAUUCAGUUUUAACUUAUACCCCUGGCUGUGACUGAUUAUGCUUAAAUUAUAUUUUACUGAACCAUUUAUUUUGAGACUUCUAGUAUUAAGCAACAAAACAUAACUUAUCAGUAGUUUUUGUUAUGGGGUUACAGUUCGUUGGUCAUUGCUGUAUAGUGAAUAAUACACAGUCUGUAACUCCACUUCAAACAUGCCUAUGAUCAAACGUUAACAUUGUACAAAGGUAUAAAGAAAGACGUUUUUGUAGGAACUACCACUAGAGGGGGUUGACUCAUGACACAGGUCAGUCCAUGCACAUUCUGCAUCCUAGCCUAUAUGAGAACAAUUAGUGUAACACACACAGAGCACUGACCUGUCCAUACUAUAAUUAUCUCAUUUUCUACAUUAUUACUUAAAGAAUUCAUUUGAGAAUGGUGUAUUGGUGUAAACACAUGAUGUAGCAGCUUUCAGUGAGGGGUUUGGGUGAUUUCUGGUGCGCUUCAUUCAUGCCUGCAAAAACCAGCAGCGGCAGCUCGGCGGCUUUAAGACAAUCCGGGCAUCUCUUCAAGUCUGUGGAUGACAUCAUUGAUACUGUCAAUGGUGUAAACUGAGAGAGGCCUGGGGGGGGGGGAGCAGCCGGAGAAGAGAGAGAGAAGGACCUCUGUCUGGUUUCGGCGUUUUUCCUCCCCCCAAAAAAUCGUGACAGUGAGAAGCUUCCAGAGUCGACGGGCUCUGUUUGGCUCGGAUCAGCUGUAUUUUUUGGGUCUUUUUCUCGGAAGUGUGUGGGGGGGGGUUCAGGUCACAGAUCUCCGGGGUUAUGAGCCGUCCGAAGCCGCGUCGCUGCGUCCCUGUCCAGGGUCCUGAGUGAGACAGAACCAGCGGGCAACCACGGAGCCUGACACAACCCGGUGAGGAGGAGAUGGGUGAGUUGAAAAGCUCAGAAGCCAUGGAGUUGAGGGUGGGGAACAAAUACCGCCUUGGGAGGAAGAUAGGGAGCGGAUCCUUUGGAGAUAUUUACCUCGGUUCUAACAUCGCUACAGGAGAGGAAGUAGCCAUCAAACUGGAAUGUGUGAAGACCAAACAUCCACAGCUCCACAUUGAGAGCAAAUUCUACAAGAUGUUGCAGGGCGGAGUGGGAAUCCCAUCUAUUAAGUGGUGCGGAGCGGAAGGCGACUACAACGUUAUGGUAAUGGAGCUGCUAGGCCCCAGUCUGGAGGACCUGUUCAACUUCUGCUCCCGCAAGUUCAGUCUGAAAACAGUCCUGCUGCUGGCCGACCAGAUGAUCAGUAGGAUUGAAUACAUCCACUCCAAGAACUUCAUCCACAGAGACGUGAAGCCUGACAACUUCCUGAUGGGGCUCGGCAAGAAGGGCAACCUGGUCUACAUCAUCGACUUUGGCCUGGCCAAGAAAUACCGUGACGCCCGAACGCACCAGCACAUCCCCUACCGCGAGAAUAAGAACCUCACCGGCACCGCCCGCUACGCCUCCAUCAACACCCAUCUGGGCAUCGAGCAGUCGAGGCGAGACGACCUGGAGUCUCUGGGCUACGUUCUCAUGUACUUCAACCUGGGCUCUCUGCCCUGGCAGGGGCUCAAGGCUGCCACCAAGAGGCAGAAGUAUGAACGCAUCAGUGAGAAGAAAAUGUCCACCCCCAUCGAGGUGCUCUGCAAGGGAUACCCCUCUGAGUUCUCCACUUACCUGAAUUUGUGUCGCUCCCUGCGCUUCGAUGACAAGCCAGACUACUCAUAUCUGAGGCAGCUCUUCAGGAACCUUUUCCACAGACAGGGCUUCUCCUACGACUACGUUUUUGACUGGAACAUGCUCAAGUUUGGGGCCAGCAGGACCACAGAGGAUGGAGAGAGGGAGAGGAGGGAGGGAAAAGAGGGGGAGGAGCGAGCAGGAGGAGGCCAAAGAGGAGCUGGAGGUCGAGCUUUGCCGCCUGGCCCGAACCCUUCAGCAGCCAACAGAGUCAGGAACGAGGCAGAUGUUGCUCCCUUGAACCCGGCCACACGUGGGGUCCAGCAGUCAGGUAACCGCUCUCCUCAGGCGGGGAGAGCAGAGCGAGCCGAGCGAGAGAGGAAGGUGGCCAUGAGGCUUCACCGCGGGGCCCCGGCCAACGUCUCCUCCUCUGACCUCACUGCACGCCUCGACCAAUCACGCAUCACUGCGUCGCAGGUCAGUGUGCCAUUUGAACAUCUGGCAAAGUGAGCUCCUCCUGGCUGGCCUACAGGUCAGUGGCAGCAGCUGCAGGGUAUCAAGUACCCCUUACUUUUCAAAUGGAUGAAUGAAUACAUGAAUGAGUGGAGGUGGACAAGAGGAGCAGGAGGAGGCAUUGCGGGCCCUUAAAAGCGGGGCCGAGGCCAUCCGUGUGUCUGUCAGUAUGCUGUGUGAACACUGGUGACCAGGAAGAGCCGAAGGAAUGCUGAGAUGAUAGAAACCAGUGAGACAAACAAACUCUUGGCUGGAACUGGUUGGUACUGCUUUUCGGGGUGCGGCCAGAGGGGGAGGUGGGUGAAACAACACACAGGUGCCGCCCCUUCUUCACUCAUAUUCACCUGCCCAUCGACUCAGAGGUUCAACUUGCAAAAAACAUCAAAGUGCACAAAAUGGACAAAGUUUCAGUUAUUCUGUGGUUUACACAUGCGAUUAAAUUAAAAAAAUUAACCAUCAACCGCUAACUUUUGAGAGCUACAUCCGCUGCUUAUGGUGUUCUUGAUUAUAAAUAAAUGUGUAAACAGCUAUCGAGACGAACACAAAACAAAAGUGUAUUCAGGGCUGCAAUAGAUGAGACAGGAGAAUGCUUGAAAAUGGAGCAAGGAGAGGAUCAGAGGAAGGGAAUUAAUGAGAGAGAGUGAAUUUGUGGAUGCGAGCGAGGCUGCUUUUUGUCAAUAAAUGUCAGUAUCUGUCUGUGUGUUAUUGUCUUAAAUGUUUUUUUUGCCUUUAGCUUUGCUUUAGAGAGUCGGAGGAAAGGAGGGAUGCAAAAGUAACUGUUUUACCCAUGACUUAUAACGGAGGAUUAGUCCCUAAUUAAAACGUCCUCUUCUUCAGCACACUUGUUCCUGUCUUACCUCUGACAAGGAAAACAUGCUCAUUGAAUGUGCAAAGAGAAGAAGAAAGAGAAGGAGGACUGCUUUGAGUUGAGGACAGAAUAAAAGGGAGAGCCAUGAGGAUUGUAUGAUAUGAUAUAGCCUUAGUCCAGCUUGUAACUUCAGGUGUGAAAAGACUUGAGAAAGUUAUAAGAUCCUGGUGGUGAACAAGUCUGGUGUUACAUUUGUAUUUUUGUUUUGCUUUUUUUCGUUUUGUAAUACAUGUAAAAUGUGUAGAUACCUUUUGCCAGAAUGUUACAGAUUAUUUAAAGAUGGGGCUGGAGAGAAGAGGACUGUUUACUCCCUGACAGCCCUUGGGCAAGUGAAACAGAAAUGUUUACCAGUAACCUUUAGAGUCUGCCGUAAGUGUGUGUUUUGGUUUCUACAGUGGCAGGCAAUGACAGAAAGGUUCUUGUUAAAUACUUAAAGCAGUGUUUUGACUGUCAGGAUGGACGGAUGUCACUGAUGGGAAUGAGCUGUCUAAAGUCUUGUACAUUGCUUUACCAUGCUUCAACUUUAUUACUAUGAUAUUUGUGUAUAUUUUCUGAAUCAAUAAAGAUAUACACAGCUUA